ACAAUGUUAAGCCAACGCCCCUAACAAAGAAGCAGAACACAAGGGAGUCAACCUUGCACAGCUGCUGUACUUCUGCUCCACUCUCACUUCUGGGGAUCCAGGAAUUAUGGGGGCCCUUCUCCUGUUCACCUGUCUUCUCGCUUCCAUCAUAGCCAAAGGUUACUCCCUCAAGUGCGUAGAAUGUAUGAAUCAAGAUGGUGAAUCCUGUACCGGGCCCUUAGUGACGUGUCCAGUUGGGGAUUAUGUCUGCUCCUCGACCUACACUCUGACCACAAUGCAGGGGGCAGGUAUCUCCAAGCAGUUUAUCAGACAGUGUGAAUUGCGAUUGAGUUGCGGAAAAGCCGGAAGCAUCACCAUGCCAGGGGGUAGGAUUAAAAGCAACUCCGCGUGUUGUUCCACCGAUGCCUGUGAUACCGGCCCAAUCUCAUUUCCAGCCGAUAAAACUGACAAGAACGGGCAAGUCUGCGAAAGCUGCUUAUCUAUUGGCUCCGAGACUUGCAGCUCAGUGAGUCCUAUGGAAUGUGCCGGAGAAGAAACCAGCUGUAUUACCCAGAUAACUUCCAUAACAGGUCCCGUUUCCACUAAAAUGGCAAUUCGGGGUUGUUCCACAAAAGAGAUCUGUGAUGUUGGAAGAUUGGAUACCGAUCAGGAUGGGAUGAAGAUGAAGAUUACUGUCACAUGCAGCAAAGCCAUUGGCCUUCAGCAGAGUCUGUUUGUUCUGGUUCUUUCUGGACUGGUUCUACUGAACCUGUUGUCUUAGGACUAUGGGCAGUUGUGUUUAUAGAGCCACACAUACCUUGUGUUGUUCACUGUAUACCUAUGAUAAAUACUUUAAUCAUUUUUAAUGCGUCACAAUAUUUUGAUUGCGUAGUAUCCAUAAUAAAAAUAUGGGUUUCCGAGUGGAAAUCCCUCCAAAUCAUAGAUAUUUGGUAUGGCCAGAUAAGCUUUCAUGUGUUAUGCUCUUAGAGAGAGUCACCAGUCUGGCAAGAAUGUUCACACUAGCAAUUGACUACAUGAAGCAAAGCUAACCUAACACAUUUUAUUUCAAGAGUUCUUGGGUCAACAACUGUUCCAUCUUGCCUGCUGGCUCCCCCAAUCACUUUGUACAUGGACUUGCUCUUCAUUAAAGCAAGAUGUGAUAUAUGUGCCUGUUCUUGCACUUGUGUAUUUAGAAAGAUGGACAAAAAAAUAUAUAUAUUUUUUUUAGAGUGACAUCUCUGGGAAUUUGAAUGUAAUUGUCUGCUUUCAAAUCAGAAAAUGUUACGUCUUCUGAAACCCUAGUGACCCUUGAUGUGGACCAACCACAGAGGUGCCUACAGGUUUCCUAGUCAUUUUUUCUCAAUUCGUUCCAUAAAAAAACUUGGCUUCAAAGACCUGUUUCUGUAUAAAACUUGUUGCCUCUCUAUAUAUACACAGAUAUAUUUUUUUACUAAUGAUCCUGACUUUUUUUGUUACUGUACUCUGACUCUGAGAUGAGAGCUCCCAUGACACCAUCUUACUUCACUAAACACAGUAUCACAUAGCUCUCCUUUUGCUUAAGCAGUGCUGCUAGUUCUGAAUGUAAGCAUCUGAUUGGUUCCUAACAUUUACCAGUUAAUUUUGCCUCGGUUCCUGCCUAAUCUUGUAUAGGGUUAGGAUCUUUUUGAAGACCUCUCUUUGAAGGAUCAACACAAUACAUAUCUUUAAUUACAUGCUUAAAGGAGAAGUAAACCCUUCUCCCUCCCUCAACCCCACCCCCGAGCCUAGCUGCUACCCUGGGUAAAUGCCCCUAACUUUUUACUCACGCCAUUGGAGUUCACGGCAGCCAUCUUCUUCUCUUCGGUCUUCAUCGUUGAUGUAAGUUCCAUAUCGGCUCAUGCACAGUUGGAACAGUCUUUGGGUCUUUGCUAUCUAUAAUAGAAAAUAAUAUAUGUGUAAUGGAAUUCCACAAUGGGUGGUCCUUUUGCUGUCAGUUUUUGCUAUGUAUGAGUAUAUUUCAGGCUUAGCCACUUUCUCAUGCCUAUAUGAACAACUCAGGGAUACCUAUUGCCUUCCAGCAUCACCAACCUCAUAAGCUUUAAGCAUCUUUCUUCCUGCAUUGGAAUGUAGAACAUUUCUACAAGGUACCUGGGCCGGCGGAAGGCAGGGGAAGGCAGAUCAGGGAGAUUAGUUGCCGCGAAGAAGAGGAGAUUUGUCGCCUGGCAACUAAUCUCCCCAAAUCUGCCCAUGUGGCCAGACCCUUAUGGUUCCGUCUGACUGUCCAAAGCAUAACAAGUCCCUGGUAUAGUUAUAACCAACUUGACCUUCAAAUGAACAAAGGCACCAUGUGCCUGGACAUAAGAAACUCUUUGGGGCUCAUUUAUAAACACUGGGCAAAUUUGCACCCGGGCAGUAACCCAUGGCAUCCAAUCAGAAGUCUGCUUUCAUUGCUCAACCUGCAGGUGGCUGGAAAAAGCCACUCCCUGAUUGGUUGCUAUGGGUUACUGCCCAGGGGCAAAUUUGCCCAGUGUUUAUAGAUGGGCCUCACUAAGUCAUGUAGCUGAAAUAACUUUAUUCUUCUACCCUAAAGUAUGGAAAGAGAUGUAUCACAACCCCCAUUAUUGUCUAUCCUCGCUCCCAUCACUGCUUUCCUGCACACCCACCAAAGUCUGUAUAUUAUCUGUAUUUGUCAUGUUAUUUCUAUAUCGUUAUGCGGAUAUCUCCUUAUACACUGUUUUUACUACACAAUAAACAAAUCACAUAUCCA